CCAAAAAGUAACUUAGUUCAUCCGUCUGUGCUCCGAAGCACGAAUACGACGUCUUUGAACAGCAACUUCAAGAGGGAACACUUUUGUGAAGGAUAACGAAAAUGCAAAAACAUUAGCAAUGAAGCCAACAAUCAAGAGGAGGAAAUCGACUUUGAGGUGAUAUUUGUUUACUUGUCCGGUGAGCGGGGGGCGUAGCACAGGACGCUCCUGAUCCUCAGCUCCUCCAUCUACGUCUCUAUCUCCAUCGCUGCGUCUUUUACGCACAGAAAAUGGAGCCCAAAGUCCACAGUAGGAUGGGCUCCGUGAGCGACUCCACUGACAUAAUCGAGGGGGGCUAUACGGACAUGAAACCCCCAAGCGAGCCGCAGUCCUCCUACGGAGACGCAGCAGCAGCGAGCCGCCAAAGCGUGUCUUCCAGCGGGGACGCAUUCCUGCUGGAGGCGCCGCGCCUGUACCAGCGUGCAGACUUUUUAAAGUGUGACAGCUCGCCGUGGGACCACUUUGUCAAAGUCCAGGAGCCCAGUUUGUCCGCAUCAGAGAGUCUGGAUCAAGCUGGCACAGGUUCGAGCCUCGCACCCCCCGCCGCGGCGUGCAAGUUCAUCAAGGACGAACAAGAAGCUUCUGUCAUCAUGGACGCUGCCUGUCCCACCUUCGACCAACCGCCGGACGCCCUCGUUACCUGCUGUCAAGGCGACCGGAAGCAGACACAGUUCGGGUUCGGUGAUUUGGAGUACGCACGCUUCGCUCCGGUUGGUCCCAGACCCACUCAAGAAUCUUCCCCGAACUUUCUGAGCCAACUGAACCAAGCGGAACAACAGAGGGGAGCUUUACCUGGGAAGGGAACCUUCCACCUGGACCCGACCACCCCCGCACACCCGGCCGUGUACAAGAGCGAGGUUCCCCGCUGGCAGGUGCCCCUGGUUCCCGCCGAGCCGCAGUUCUGGUGUCAGCCUACGGAGGACCAGUUUACACAGGCGUACAAUGGAGUCCACGCCCCUGCCAUGGUCCACAGGAACCAGACACCUUUCAGCGCUUUUCAUGGAAUGUCCCCCCAGAGGUCGUGUGUGAUCUGCGGGGACGAGGCGUCGGGCUGCCACUAUGGGGUUCUGACCUGCGGGAGUUGCAAAGUGUUUUUUAAAAGAGCGGUGGAAGGACAUCACAGCUACCUCUGCGCCGGGCGCAAUGACUGCAUCGUGGACAAAAUACGCAGGAAAAAUUGUCCCGCGUGUCGCCUUCGAAAGUGCUACCAGGCGGGGAUGAUGCUGGGAGGUAGGAAGUUGAAGCGCUUCGGGGCCUUCAAAGCUUUGGGCUUGGCCCCGCCCAUGAUGUUCCAGUCCCACGUGGCCAUGUCGGGAGACAACCAGGCCCUGACCUCCGCGGCGUGCAUCUCGGGCAUCCACGAGGUGCCGUUCUCGCAGCAGAUCAUGGGGAUUCUAGAAAACAUUGAGCCGGAGAUGGUGUACUCGGGUUACGACACCUCCCAGGCCGACAUUCCUCACCUCCUCCUCAACAGACUCAACGAGCUGUGUGAGAAGCAGCUGCUGUGGAUCGUAAAGUGGUCCAAGUCUUUGCCAGGUUUCCGCAAUCUUCACAUCAAUGACCAGAUGACGCUGAUCCAGUACUCGUGGAUGAACCUGAUGGUUUUCUCUCUGGGUUGGCGUUCCUUCCAGAACGUCACCAGAGAGUUUUUGUACUUUGCUCCAGACCUGGUCCUCAGCCAGGAGCAGAUGAGAAGGUCGCCCAUCUACGAUCUGUGCUUGGCCAUCCAGUUCAUUCCUCAGGAGUUCGCCAACCUCCAGGUGACCCGCGAGGAGUUCCUCUGCAUGAAAGCCAUCAUCUUACUCAACACAGUGCCGCUGGAGGGUCUGAAGAGCCAGUCGGCGUUUGAGGAGAUGCGUCAGAAUUACAUCCGCGAACUGAGCAAAGCCAUGCACGUCAAGGAGAAGAGCGUGAUGGCCAGCUCGCAGCGCUUCUACCACCUCACCAAGCUGAUGGACGCCAUGCACGAGAUCGUGAAAAAGGUCAACCUUUUCUGCCUGAGCACGUUCAUCCAGGCCGAUGCCAUGAACGUGGAGUUUCCUGAGAUGAUGUCGGAGGUCAUCGCCUCCCAGCUUCCCAAGGUGCUGGCGGGCAUGGUGAGACCACUCCUCUUCCACCCAAAGUGACGACGCCCCUUCCUGGAUGCCCUCUCUUCACAUUUACGUCUCCAUGGAGUCCAACUGCAAACCUUCUUGAAUAAGCAUUCAACUUCUUUCAUUGUCUACUUCUAACCACAAACUGUACAAAAAAAAAUACUUCCUACAAAAAGCAACACAAUAAAGCAGAACAAUUACAAUCAAUCUGUUCCAAGGUCAAACUGCCACCAUCAUAACAUUUGCAACUGUGCAGGCAAUGUUUGAAGUUACAUUUGACAGAAAUCCAUAUCACAAUGAAACUGAAUAAAAGUUCAUAUGAAAGUGGCCUUCUGCUUUCUGAAGUCUCAUACAAGUGUAAAAAGAAGCUAACCACUGAACAAAAAACAUCCUUAAUGAUGUGAAAAUGAUUGGCCUCAUCGAAUACUGUAAACAUUAACUACUAAAUGUAAAAAGAAGCACUGUAGAAACAAGUAGAAACAUUUCCAUGGGAAUUUGAAAUUCACCUGUUACUACUCUCGGUCUUAUUUUAACCUGUGUAGUAUGCUAACAAUGCUAACAUUUCGCAUGCUAACAGCCACACGGGCACCUGUGCUGAAGUGCUAAAUGGCAAUGUGAUGUACAAAAUGCAAAAAAUGCUAAAGCUAGCACUUAGCAAGAUAGGUACUAUCUAGACCGACUGUCCUGUUUUCCUAGGACAUGUCCUGGUUUUCAUUCAUUUGAGUGACAUUAGGACACUCACUUUAGAUUAGUGUUAAGCCAAGGAAAAAGCUACACAUACGCAGGGAGUUAAUUUUAGAGAACAUUUUUCCUGAAACUAUUGCUUACAGUCCAAAACGUAACAAGCAUGCGACCUAAAGGAGAUGUCUUUGGUUCUAGAUAGUAUUUUAUAAUAUAGCAAUAGCAUACUUGAAAUGUAAUCAACGUCUUUGAGGAAACUUGGGAGUAUCAAUUGACGAGUGUGCUGGUUUUCACUCAUCAAAAUAUGGUCACCCCCACUGCCAUCAACAGAAAUUGUGUUUUUUUUUUUUGCUUCUGGGAGAAUCCUAAUGAAAUGUACUUUGUAACAAUGCCAAAAAGGUUAAAGAAAUAAAACAUCCACUGUGAGUAAUGUCAUAAAAAGAGUGGGGGAUUUGAAAAGACGCACACACAAAAAUAACGACUUGAUUGUUUUUAUUCAUAAAGGUGGAAAUGGCCAGCACACACACGGGAGGCAUUUACGGGACAUGCCUGUUGAUUAUGAUUAUUAUUUGGCCGCCACGCUCUGUCAAGGUCACCUGACAAUGUCAUGCUGGCAAAGCAGGAACAAGUUAUCUUGGCACGGGCGGCUCGUACUUCCCCAACUACUGUACACCUUCACCCCCCCCCCACGCAGUACAGUAACCUUUCACUUGCUGAUAACUCGGGUGUUUUGUUGUACAUAACACCAUAACAUCAUCAUCAUCAAAUACGCUGGUACACCAGAGUACCACAAGACAAGGACAUAUUAUAUUAUUAUUAUUACACAUACAGCAGAUUUCAUAUCUCGUUGACAGCAGUGUGAUGAUGGCAGUUACAGUAAGGUGCUUCCUUUUUAUGCUUUUCUAUCACAGCUUGUUCAGUCUGAUUCCAUCUAUGAGGGAUAAUACCAUAGAAUGUAUACAUGGACUUACUGUACCAACACAAGUGAUUGUGUCUUUCCCACGCGGCGCACGAGUGCUGCCAGUCUGGAGGAGUGCGGUUCAAUGAGGGGAAAGAUGAAUUCGGACAUUUCUUGUGACACUGUGAAGUCGAGCAUCGUCCCCUCCCUUGUCAUUCAUGUCAGCAUACAGCAUAUCAUGCACUGUCACCCCUCAGCAAGCACACGUUUGUUGCUGGAUGUUGGUGACUUUAGUUGUCAAUGGCGACUAAACCAGCACGUUUUCUGGUCUUUUGGGUGAGACAUUUGUUUGUGGUAGCGUCAUGAUCCGGGGCCGCACGAAUGGUGCUGGCACUGGGGAACUGCGGUUCAUUUUUGAGAAAGAUGAAUUCCAACAUUGUUCCUGAGUUGAAUGAGGCAUAACAGCAUGCAGCAUAUCAUGCACUGUCUUCCCGUUUGGGACAUCAAAGUAUCCACUCAGCAUAAACACUUUUUGAUAGAAAAUAAUAAAACUAGAAACUUUUUGAUUGUGGCUUUUGGUGGCACUUUAUCAACUGAA